UGGAAUUAGCAACGUGGAAAAACCUCUCUCUUAGACUGCAUGAAUUGCCAAGGACGACGCUCUCUUUCUUCUUCGUUAUCUCUCAAUCUCAUCCUAUAGUUUCUCUCGUUCUAGAGGCAAAAUAUGCAGUCCGUAUCCACGCCGACGAGUUUUGUAACAUUUACUCAAUCGCAAUUUGAUUUCCCUGCAAUCUACCAGAAGAAAUUCUCCAAGAACUUCCUCCCCCCUAUCCCGUUUUAUCUCUCUCGUCUUUCGAGGAAAUGCUCAGUUCCUCGACAUCCCAGAGGUUGCUUCGCUACUUCUAAUUGGAAUGACCGUGUAAUUGAUCCUUCAUUCGAUGGAAUUAGCUUUGGAAUCGAAGUCAAAACCUGCACAUGGAACUGGAAGGGUUAUUCGAUUCGUUAUCAGUGUUCUGGAAGCACAGGCCCGGCAAUUGUUAUGGUUCAUGGUUUUGGAGCAAACAGUGACCAUUGGAGAAAAAACAUUCCAGUGCUUGCUCAGUCUCAUAGAGUAUUUGCAAUCGAUCUUAUUGGGUAUGGUUAUUCCGACAAACCAAACCCUCGUGAGUUUGGAGACACCUCCUUCUAUACAUUUGAAACAUGGGGCAACCAACUUAAUGAUUUCUGCAACGAUGUUGUAAGAGAUAAAGCAUUUUUCAUAUGCAAUUCUAUCGGAGGAGUUGUUGGUCUUCAGGCAGCAGUAAUGGAGCCUGCUAUAUGUCGCGGUAUUGUCCUUCUAAAUAUAUCCCUCCGCAUGCUCCAUAUUACAAAGCAACCUUGGUAUGGAAAACCUCUAAUUAGAUCAUUCCAGAAUCUUCUAAGGAACACUGACUUGGGAAAAUUCUUUUAUAGCUCUGUUGCUAAACCUGCUUCAGUCAAAAACAUUCUUUCCCAGUGCUACCAUGAUACGUCCGAGGUGACAGAUGAGUUAGUUGAGAAAAUACUCCUUCCAGGACUAGAGCCUGGUGCUGUAGAUGUUUUUCUCGAAUUUAUUUGUUAUUCAGGUGGCCCUCUCCCAGAGGAUCUGCUUCCUCAAGUCAAGUGCCCAGUUCUGAUUGGUUGGGGAGACAAGGAUCCUUGGGAACCGAUUGAACUUGGAAGAGAAUACGCCAAGUUUGAUGCUGUUGAGGAUUUUGUUGUAAUUUCUAAUGUUGGCCAUUGCCCACAGGAUGAAGCACCUCAGCUGGUAAACCCGCUGGUGGAGUCGUUUGUGGCUCGUCAUGCUAAUGUCACACAAGCGUCAUGAAGUAGUUUAUCAUCAUCGGGUUUCAUGAUUAAUUUUCAUUGUAAGCACCUGAAUUGAAGGUUGGAGUUGUGACUAUGGAUAUUACGAGUCUCUUCUGUGAUGAAUUGAGGUGCAGGCAAGCUGAUCCUGACAUUGUGGUCCUAUUUUGGGACCAUAAGUUUGUGAGAGGUGAUUGUAGUGUUUCAUAUUGAAAAAUUAUUGAAUAUUUAUAAGGGGUUGAAAAUGUAUAUGUUCAAUAGAGUUGUGAUUGUAGUUUUGAUUAUU